AUGGAUGAAAAUAUUCAAAUAAAUGCUGCAGCACACAACACUGAAGACCAAGCUACAGGAAGCUGCUGGGAUACAUCAAGAAAAAAAAAUUAUUCUGCGCCGGUGUCCAUAGUGGAGCACUUCGCACUAGUUCUUGGUCGAAAGCCAAACCAUUCAUGUGGUGCUAGCAUUCGUUCUGUAAACCAAGUGGCUGAGGAAAGGAUCAGACUGCAGGUGCAAAUUGAGGCUUCUGAACAGCGUGAAGCUACAGCUCAAGCACGUGCAGAUGCUGCUGAACAACGUGUUGAGGCUGUUGAGCAACAGGCACAGGCUUUGGAAGGCCAAGUUUCCACAGUGGUCGAAACAAAUGCACACCUGCAAGAAGAGCAGCAAUCCCAACGUGAUGAGCUUACUCCUUUGCGUCAAGCACAGAGUGGAGAAGUUGUUCGUCUAGUGAGAGAACAACUUGAUAAUCAAAUGGCUGAAUUAAUCACACGCAUACAUUCUGGUGCCUCGUAG